UGUUAUUACUUGACGCCAUUGCAAGCUAAAUUCUCUUGCUAACACCACUUUCGGUGUAUUAUAAUUUCCAACAUUAUCUUUUAGUAUAUAAAUCAACAAGGCCCUCGACUAAGUUCUCCAUCACACAAAAGAAAAAAAUGAAUCAACUAAGAGUUAUUUUCUAUACCAAUAUCUCUGUAUCCAUUUUCUUAUUUCUCAGCUCUUUAAUAAUCAUUGAAGCUAAAAAUGACAACUUUAUUCGAUUCCCACCUGGAAAAAUGGUCUUUCCUCCCAACAAACGAUCUGACUCAGACCCUCAACAGGUACAUAUUUCUUUAAUGGGGAAAGAUCACAUGAGAGUGUCAUGGAGUACAAAUGAACAUUUUCAUACACAAUCAAUAGUGGAAUAUGGGAUAAGACCCAAUGAAUAUAAUGCCAGGGCCACCGGAGAAUACACAUCUUAUAGGUACUUCUUCUAUAGCUCUGGGAAGAUUCACCAUGUUACUAUUGGACCAUUGGAGCCUGCCACCACCUAUUACUACCGAUGCGGUGGUUCCGGACCGGAGUUCUCCUUUCGAACGCCUCCAGCUGCCUUUCCCCUCCAAUUUGUUGUCGUUGGAGACCUAGGCCAAACGGAAUGGACCGCAUCGACUCUGAAACACAUAGAUAGCAAAAACUACGACGUUUUGUUACUCCCAGGAGAUCUCUCCUACGCCGACACACACCAGCCACUAUGGGAUUCCUUCGGCCGAUUAGUGGAGCCCUACGCCAGCCGCCGCCCAUGGAUGGUCACCCAAGGCAAUCACGAGGUGGAGACCAUCCCAAUCAUCUUCCCCCAUCCAUUCAAGGCCUACAAUGCCAGGUGGCCCAUGCCCUACCUACAGAGUGCCUCCACCUCAAACCUUUACUACUCCUUCGAGAUCGCCGGUUCUCACGUUAUUAUGCUCGGUUCCUACACCGAUUUCGACUCCGAUUCCGAUCAGUUCAAGUGGCUAGCCGCCGAUCUGGCCGGAAUCGAUAGAGUGAAGACACCGUGGGUGUUCGCGUUGGUGCACGCGCCGUGGUAUAACACGAAUUUGGCUCAUCGUGGUGAAGGGGAGAGUAUGAGGAAAGCUUUGGAAGAGUUGCUUUAUAAGGCUCGGGUUGAUGUCGUUUUCGCUGGUCAUGUUCAUGCCUAUGAACGUUUUACAAGGAUUUACGACAAUAAAGCUGAGUCGUGUGGUCCAAUGUACGUGACCAUUGGUGACGGUGGGAACAGAGAGGGACUUGCAUUAGCAUUCGAAAAUCCUCCUUCACCUCUAUCAUUGUUCAGAGAAGCAAGCUUCGGACAUGGGAGAUUGACUGUGGUGAAUGAGACACAUGCACAUUGGUCAUGGCACCGUAACAACGACUUGGACUCAGUCGAGGCAGAUCACUUGUGGUUUCAAAGCUUAAGUACCACCACCAAUUGCUGCCACCAAAAUUCUCAAUCACCAUCCUCUUCUACUACUCAUAAUGAUGAGCUAUAAUGUCACUCGCAUAAAAAAAAAAAAGAAUGCAUGCACUCCAUUAUAUUAAUUUUGACAGAAUAGUUAUAUUAAAAAAUCAAAAGUUAACAAAAAAGUGCAUAAUAUUCAUAUUAGAGUUCUGAUAAUGAUCAUGAAGUCGGAAGAUUAUAAGUCAAGUUAAUUAUGGGGUUUAUUUCAUUUCACUCUUUGAUAUUUUCUUGUUGACUAUAUUGACAAUGGUUUUGCUCUUGUGUUAAUUAGAUGGACGGCUGAUUUGUAUGGUUAGCAAA